UGCCCAUUUGCACUUGCAGUGGGCGGGGCUUAACCGAUCGGUUUAAUAAAAGUGACACAUUCAAAUUUAACCAGACACAUCUUCAUAGUGAGUCGAGUGUACACCUCAACCAUCGCUGCAAUGGCACCAAUGAACAAGUCUUCAGAUAUUGGAAUGGAAAUGUUCGACCAAAGCAAACAGUCCAACAAGAAUGCAGUGUUUUGGCGUUGGUUUGUGGCAGGGACACUGCUGAACCUGUGCAUCACAUCGGUCCUGGUUGGCCUGACUGUGUUCUACGUCCACACGGAGCUACAGUCAGUAAGGCAACAAAUAGCGAGCAACGAAGAGCGUUUGUCAUUAGUCGAGAAGGCCAUGCCACAAGGAACAACUGACCCGACUUCGACGAAUGCCCAACUGCGAAUUCGAAGGGACCAAGGCAAUCCCCUACCAGUCACUCACAACGUCAAUCAAAAUUUGACGUUCCCAUUUGCGCGGGACAUUGGGCCUUUUGGAUAUGGAGGCUGUCGUGACGGUAGGGACGGACGUGAUGGACGAGAUGGAAUUCAGGGCCCAGCAGGCCAGCCGGGCCCACAAGGAGUCAAAGGAGAACCGGGUUUACCAGGGGCUGCUGGAAAAGCCGGACCCAGAGGGCCGAAGGGAGACUCAGAGGACACGGAGCCACGUGACCACCGUGACAACCGAAUGCUGCUAGGGGGAGAGACUUACGUCCGAUGGGGGCGCACUAUUUGCCCCAAUCACACAAGCACAGAACUGGUGUACGCAGGCUUCGCAACCGGUUCGUAUUACGCCCACAAAGGCGGCUCCGUGGAUUUUAUCUGCCUUCCCACUGAUCCUGACUGGGCGGCAUCGUACAAUGACGGGUUUAACUCGCAUUCGUAUCUGUACGGAACAGAGUACGAGGUAAGCAACUACGAUCCGUUCUCCCACGAGAACGCCGAGGUCCUUCACGACCAUGACGUCCCGUGCGCCGUGUGCCGCCUCGUGGACCGCGGGACCCAGUACCUGUUCCCAGCCAAGCUCGGCUGUCCUGAGAACUGGACGGAGGAGUACAGAGGCUUCCUCAUGUCUGGAUAUUACAACCACGAGCAGCGGUCCAAAGCUGUGUGCGUGGACCAAGCCCCGGAGGUGGUCUCUGGCAGUCACGCUAGCCAAAGCGGAGCACUUCUGUACAUCAUAGAGGGGGUCUGUGUGCCCCUCCAUUGCCCCCCGUACGUCGGCGGGCGUGAAAUAACCUGUACCAUAUGCAGCAUCUAAGGCGGCUGACAUGUCGCUCUACCCAACUGGUUAAAUUUGUGACGUUGACUGGGGAAUAUUGACAGAAAAUUGACAUUAGGCCAAAAAAAAAGUCUCCGGUUUCUCGUAUGCGCGCCCGUCGCCGUAGCAUGCGCGUCGGAAAAAUGAAAA